CCCCCGCCCCGCCUAACACAGUCAAAACAACAUGGCAGCAUGUAGCAGAGAACUACUUCCAAAGAAAGGCACAGGUAAUUCCGUAAUUUGGAACUGGUUUGGUUUUGAUGCAGCAGACGAAACACAGACGAAGCCUUGCUGCAAAAUAUGUUUCAAGGCUGUUGCUACUGGAAGCAGCAGUACAGCAAAUCUUUUCCAGCACCUGAGGAAUAAACAUCCCGAAGAAUGGGAGAAGUGCAGCCAGCUCCGUAGCGAAAACAGCUCCUCUAGCACACCUGCUAAAAAGCAAACUACACUUCCUGAGAGCUUUACAAACUGUGUACCUUAUGAUAAGAAUGGAGCGCGAUGGAAAGCGAUUACAGAGGCGAUCACGUUUUAUAUUGCCACAGACAUGCUGCCAAUUUAUUCUGUCGAAAAGCGAGGCUUUAAUCACAUGCUGAAAGUAUUAGAUGCGAGGUACGUUGUCCCCAGUCGCAAGUAUUUCGCCGAUGUAGCGUUGCCUCACCUGUACAAUACAACUCGGGAAAAGAUCCGCAGUGAGCUGGAGGAGAUGCAGUUUUACUCAGCCACAAUGGACCUGUGGUCCAGCCGGACGAUGCAGCCAUAUCUGAGUCUGACGGUUCACUACAUCAACACUAGUUGGACUCUGCGCAGCAUCUGCCUUCAGACAGCAUAUUUCCCCGACAACCACACUGGUGACAUAAUUGCCCAUGGCUUAAAAGCUCCUGGGGACUUUCGGAGGAACGACUCGUCUGCAUGACAACUGAUAGUGGCACCAACAUCAUAAAAGCCCUUAAGGGCAACAACUGGCCCAGCUUGCAGUGUUUUGGCCACAGACUCCACAACGCUAUAGAGAAUGGUGUGAAGGAUCCAAGGAUCGAUCGGGCCAUAGGGGUCUGCAAAAAAGCUGUAUCAGCCUUCUCCUACAGCUGGAAAAAAAGGCGAGACAUGACAGAGGUGCAGGCUGAGCUUGGACUUCCCCAGCAUCUUUUGAUCUCAGAAUCCCCAACACGUUGGGGGUCUCGUCAAAAGAUGAUUGAGCGCUUUCUUGAGCAAGAGAAGGCAAUAACUCGUGUCCUGGGUGCGGACAAGAAAAUGCGUCAUCUUGUUCCCACGUGGCAAGAUUUGGAAGUAUUAGAAGCCACCAACAAAGCAGUGAAACCUCUCCAGGACUUCACUGAUGCACUGUCAGGGGAAUCAUAUGUCAGUGUGUCAUGCAUCAAACCAGUGCUGCAUUUGAUUAAAACAAGUCUCCUCCUGCCAGAGGAGGAAGAUUUGGAGCUAACAAAAACAAUCAAAGCUAACAUCAUGCGUUACCUCGAAAGUAAAUACUGUGAUUUGGAGAAAGAGGAACUUUUGGACAUGGCCACACUUUUAGACCCGAGGUUCCGUACAACCUACAUUGAUGCAAGCAAACUGGAAGUUGUCAAAAAAAGAGCGGUGUCUGAGAUCUCUGCUCUCUGCAACUCUACCACAGAGGAAGCUGGUCCCUCAGCUGUUCAAGAGGACACCCCACCAAAAAAGAAAAUGACUCUGGGUGCCUUCUUUAAAAACAGUGCACCAUCCACCACGCCACACCCACAAUCUGAGAAAACAAAAAUUGAGACUGAGCUUACAACGUAUUUCCUUAUUCCAGACAUAGAGCCAGACACAGAUCCUCUUGAAUGGUGGAAGCUGCAUCAGCCCAACUUUCCAAGGCUAAGCUUACUGGCUAAAAAAUAUCUUUCUAAUCCAGCCACUAGUGCCCCCUCAGAGAGGGUAUUUAGUGUGGGUGGGGGAAUAGUUACCUGCAACCGGGCCUGCCUUAAGCCAGAGGUUGUGGACAGGCUCAUCUUUCUUGCAAAAAAUGUUUAGAAUGAGCAUGCACAAUGUUUCAGAGAUCUAACAAGCACGUGUUUUGUUGUUAUAGAUAAA